UUGACAAAAACAGACAGCGGCUAAGGGACAGUGGUGCUCGCAUCAGUGGGCAAACUGUUGUCAGAAAGUCACGGGAAAACCAGGAUAAACCUGGAUAAUUUUAAAUAACACUGUUGUCUCCUACUACAACACAACACGACAGACCAGGAAAACGGGAUUUGGUUGUUGAGGUUUGACCAUUGUUACCUGUAGAGGUGUUUCUGCGAUGGAGUUUCCAGAUUUGGGAGAGCACUGCACUGAGAAGACCUGCAAACGUUUAGAUUUUCUUCCUAUGAGAUGUGACGCCUGCCAAGAGAUUUUCUGCAAAGACCACAUAACUUAUGCAAAUCACAAAUGCAUGUCAUCCUACAAAAAGGAUAUCCAGGUCCCAGUUUGUCCUCUGUGCAACAUCCCUAUUCCCAUCAAGAGAGGAGAGAUGCCCGACAUUAAAGUCGGCGAGCACAUUGAUCGAGAUUGCAAAUCGGAUCCUGCACAGAGAAAGAGAAAGAUUUUCACAAAUAAAUGUUCUAAAGGGGGCUGUAAGCAGAAGGAAAUGAUGCGAGUGACCUGUGAUCAGUGUCAUUUAAAUUACUGUCUUAAACACCGGCACCCACUAGACCAUGACUGUAAAACUGAUGGGAAACCUAUGUCCAAAUCAGGACAUGCUGCUGCAAUGAGGGCCCACAGUGCUUCCUCCACCUCUGCUUCUGGUUCUAGUUCAUCUGCCUCAGGAAACCCUAGACCUGUUUCAAAUGGUGUGAGUGCAAAUAGCAGAGGUCACAACAGUGGCUCCACCCAGCGGAUCCCCACUUCCGUUUCAGCUCAGAAUGUAAUACCACCAUCAGCGUCCUUUCAGGCCGGCAUGACGGAGGAGCAGGCUCUACAAAGGGCUCUAGAGAUGUCUUUGGCUGAUUCGAGGCGGCCAGUUCAGCCGGCCCUCAGCCCUCAGGAGCAGGAGGAUCUGGCUCUCGCUCAGGCUCUCGCUGCCAGUGAAGAAGAAUACAGACGCCAGCAGCAGAGACAGCAGGUACCCGGAAAGCUUAGCCGUCAGUAGCAUGCUAACAGGAAGGGGAGAGAGUCCAAACAAUCCAACUGCAGCCUUUCUUAAUCCCCGGACACUAGUUAGACUUCAAGCUGUGCUAAUUAUCUACUAGAAACUGCACAUCUGGGAUAUCAAUACCCAGGAUCAAUGAUUGUUCAAUGAAGAAAUACUAUUACCGCCUUCUACAAUAUAAGCACAUACUUUCCCAGCAGGAUCUGUCAUUUUUACUAAUGGUUUGCUCUGUACAUAUUUUAUAUGCUGAUCAUGAUGAAACUGUUAUAUUACCAUAUACGAAUAUUGAAUAAAUUAUUUAAA